AUGUUCCCGACUUCUCCCUCGACAUCGAGAUUUCGGCGGUGUACAAGCCUCGUCCCUCCGUCGUCGCAUGCCCCAUCCUCUGAUGCUGGUGUGUUCGGUGGUAAGCAUGGGCGCAAGGACUUGAAAGAGAAGAGGCCGGGUUGGAAACUACAGACGCAUCCGGCUCCAGGUUCCGCCGAAACAACGCACGUUCCCAUCAAGCAGGACGCCAAGGCCCUGCUACGGCGCCAGGCGCGGGAUAGGCGUCGAGAGGAGAAGCAUAAGGCCCUGCUGACCCGUGCCGAAUCCAAAGUUGUGCUGGACGGGGCAGAUGUCGGACAAGACGAGACUCUUCUUCCUGUGCAUGAUGUCAACGUUGAUGUCUUCAAGCUUGCAGACGAGGCUGCGAACUUGACUGCAGGUUUGGGGAAUCUUCAUGUUAUAGUCGAGUCCGCCGAGGUCGUCGUGGAUGAAGCUCCGACGCCGGAGUUCAUUCCUGCAACGCCAGCCCUCUCCGACACAGUAAUCUUGGGUGGAUCCCCCUCUCCCGCUCUCACCGAAGCGACGCUCGUGGACGUCGUUGCAGACGCUCCUCCCCUCGGCGCUAAGGAGCCUCGGCUCAUCGUCGAGGCUCUUGUCGUACGCAAGAUGUCUAUUGACGAAGGCUUCCUAGACUUCGGCGGCUUCUCCGUGAUAUGA